UGUCUCAGCCUCCCAGGGUUGGCAUGACAGGCGUGAGCUACAAUGCCUGGCUUUGCUCGUUUUGAAGACAGGAGCCCACAAAGCCAAGCAAGAACAGCUACGCAGGAUCUCAGCCUAUUUAUCCAAGAAAUAGGCUAGGCCAGCAAAGGAAGAAUGAGCCUAGGAACUCCUGGAAGCCUCUCUUUAGUCUUCACCCUUCCCGGCUUGGCGGUCAGAACGACCACGAUGCUGCAGUCCUCCACGCUUCCUAGAGCGAAUCCGAGGAGGCAACGUCAUAGCAGAGUAGCGUGAUGACGUACUUCCGGGGAAGCCAUUUUAUUUUACAGCCCGAGGGCCUGUACCUGAGUACCGUGCCUUCACUGCUCAACCGCUUUUGUCCGAAGUUCUAGAGGCUACUGGGAGCCACGCUCCUGAGACUUUUGUCUUUCUCCAGGGAAUAAUAGAGGCAUACUAUGGGAACUGUGUCCAAACCCCAGGACUCGGAGGCUUUUGACGAUGUGGCAGUGCAAGUCACUGAGAAGGAAUGGGCCAGCUUGAAACCUACGAGGAAGGCCCUGUACGAGGAAGCCAUGGUAGAGAAUUACAGGACCGUGGCUUCCCUGGCGUCCCAGGAUAGACCAGCUCUAAAUGUUGACAUGGAGCAAGAGAAGGAAGCCCUGAUCAGGAUGGGCUGGGAACCAAGCCUUGCGGAUUACAUCUUAAAGCUAAGAAGAUACACUCGCCUAGUUUAUAGAUACUUCAUCCGCUAGGAUACAGAGAUUUCUGGAAAUCCUCAGUGCUGGGAAGACAGGACGAAAGCUUAAUUCUUGACCUAUACCAGUUUUCCUUGUAAGAAAUUAAGAGCCACCUUAAACUAUGGCAACAGCACAUUUUCUUUCUUUCUCUAAAUGCUUGGAUUUCCACAGAUUCAGUAUUCAUUAAAGUUACUCAUUUUGUCAAACAAA